AUGGACUCCUACAACCGCUUCGAGCGAGCCAGCUCCACCAAGGCCAAGGAAGCCACACCACUUCGAGAUGAAGAGGAAGAGGAGCCCAAGCUCGAUCGAGCUGACAGGAACCCAGUCGAGUGGAGUGCUCCUGAUGGCCGUCUCCCUCUCCAGACCACGACCUUGCCUCCCAGUUCUUUGGGGGGCACUGAGGCUAAGUUUGGGGGUGCCAACUCGAGCUCGAUCGAGUUGGGUGUCAAAACCAGAAAAGUGGUUAGUAGACAGAAGUGUCUGUUCAAGUCAAGUUGGUGGAUUUUGGUUAUGAAGUACGUCUUAGCAACCGAUCCAAUGGUUGGCAGUGUUGACUUUGCCACAUGGCUUUGA